AUGGGACCCAAAGCGAAUUUCAGUAGCGUUCGCCCCACGCAAAUCUACUUGUUCUACCCGAAUAUUAUCGGUUACGUACGUCUCCUACUUUCCCUUGGUUCGUUUGUCGUUUUAGGCAACUACCCUGGGCUGUUUCUUACGUUUUAUACGUUGUCUUUUGUGCUGGAUGCGGCUGACGGGAUGGUUGCGCGUCUGAUGGAUCAGUGCUCACACUUCGGUGCCAUUUUUGACAUGCUGACGGAUCGUGCAUCGACCGCAGGUCUUCUUUUGGUGUUGAAUCACGUUUUGCAGCCAAUGCCCGAUUGGUGUACAACGUUAUUUGCCUUUCUUGUCUUUUUGGAUGUAGCCUCUCACUUCUGCCGCAUGUACGUCACACUUUUUUUUCGUAAAGAGUCCCAUAAAGACAUUUCUGAAAGUAUAUUUUAUUUGCUACGCCUGUAUUACUCGAACCGCAAGGUGAUGUUUCUUUUGUGUGUUGGACAGGAGUUUUCGUACAUUCUCCUCUAUGCGUACUGGAUGUACAGCGAGGUGGAUUGGGUGCGGCGUGUCACAUUUCCUCUGUUGACCGUGUUGGGUUCCCUUAAUGUAUUGAAGCAGGUGGUGAAUGUGCAACAGCUGAUGGAUGGCAUGUAUCAUCUUGCCGUGCUGGAUGCGAAGGAGCGUGAGGAGCGUGGAAAGAAGAACUAA